GAAGGGUAGAGAAAUCGAUCGACAGAGCUCAGCAGAAGUGAGAGAAGUCACCAGAAGAAGACGACGACGACGACUACGACGCCGGUGGCCACCGCGUGAUGAGGAAGUGGACGGUCCCUUCCGCUCUUCUCCUACUCUGCCUCCUCUUCCUCCUCCCAGAUCAAGGGAGGAAGCUGCACGCGAGUGCAGAGGGAGGCGCAGAUGAGCUGGCGGAUCCGCCCAAGGUCGAAGAGAAGCUCGGCGCUGUUCCCCACGGUUUAUCCACUGAUUCUGAUGUAGCCAAGAGGGAGGCGGAGUCGAUCUCUAAGAGAUCUCUCCGAAGUAAUGCGGAGAAGUUUGAGUUCCAAGCUGAGGUUUCUCGGCUUAUGGACAUCAUCAUCAACUCUCUGUACAGUAACAAGGACAUCUUCUUGAGGGAGUUGAUAUCGAACGCAUCUGAUGCUCUUGACAAGAUCAGAUUCCUCUCCCUGACUGACAAAGAAAUUUUGGGCGAGGGCGACAACACCAAGCUCGAGAUUUUGAUUAAAUUAGACAAGGAGAAGAAAAUCCUUUCAAUUCGUGACAGAGGUAUUGGCAUGACAAAGGAGGAUUUGAUCAAGAACCUUGGAACCAUAGCAAAGUCUGGAACUUCAGCCUUCGUGGAGAAGAUGCAGACCAGCGGAGACCUUAACCUCAUUGGACAAUUCGGUGUUGGGUUUUACUCUGUAUAUCUUGUUGCUGACUAUGUUGAAGUCAUUAGCAAACAUAACGAUGAUAUACAGUAUGUAUGGGAAUCAAAGGCCGAUGGAGCAUUUGCGAUUUCGGAGGAUACUUGGAAUGAACCACUCGGACGUGGUACUGAAAUUAGACUUCACCUGAGAGAGGAAGCUGGGGAGUACGCGGACGAGAGCAAAUUGAAGGAUUUGGUGAAGAAAUACUCUGAAUUUAUCAACUUCCCUAUCUACCUCUGGGCAAGCAACGAGGUUGAUGUGGAGGUUCCGGCGGAUGAUGACGAAUCCAGCGAUGAGGAGGAAUCAUCUGAAAGCAGUUCAGAGGAAAAGGAAGAAGAUGCUGAGAAAUCUGAAGAUGAAGAUGCUGAGAAGAAACCUAAAACAAAGAAAGUGAAGGAGACCACUUAUGAAUGGGAACUUUUGAAUGAUGUUAAAGCCAUAUGGUUGCGUAAUCCAAAGGAAGUCACUGAUGAAGAGUACACAAAAUUCUAUAAAUCCCUGGCAAAGGAUUUCAGUGAAGAGAAGCCAAUGGCAUGGAGUCAUUUCACUGCUGAAGGUGAUGUGGAGUUCAAGGCGGUGCUGUUUGUGCCUCCUAAAGCUCCUCAAGAUCUGUAUGAGAGCUAUUACAACACUAAGAAAUCCAAUUUGAAGUUAUAUGUUAGAAGAGUGUUCAUCUCUGAUGAAUUUGAUGAGCUCUUGCCCAAGUAUCUGAACUUCUUGAAGGGUCUUGUCGAUUCUGAUACUUUGCCACUCAAUGUCUCUCGUGAGAUGCUUCAACAACACAGCAGUCUAAAAACAAUUAAGAAGAAGCUUAUCAGGAAGGCCCUUGAUAUGAUCCGCAAGAUUGCUGAGGAGGACCCAGAUGAAUCUGCUGACAAGGACAAGAAAGAUGUCGAGUCUAGUGAUGACGAUGAGAAGAGAGGCCAGUAUACAAAGUUCUGGAAUGAGUUUGGCAAGUCCAUUAAGCUUGGCAUUAUUGAAGAUGCCACAAACAGGAACCGUUUGGCUAAGCUUCUGAGAUUUGAGACUACCAAGUCAGAUGGUAAAUUGACUUCACUGGACCAGUAUAUUUCACGAAUGAAACCGGGCCAAAAGGACAUCUUCUACAUUACUGGAACCAGCAAGGAACAACUGGAGAAUUCUCCGUUCCUUGAGAGGCUCAAGAAGAAGAACUAUGAGGUCAUUUUCUUCACUGAUCCUGUUGAUGAGUACUUGAUGCAAUACCUGAUGGACUACGAGGACAAGAAGUUCCAGAACGUCUCCAAGGAGGGUCUUAAACUUGGGAAGGACUCGAAAGACAAGGACCUGAAGGAAUCGUUCAAGGAUCUGACCAAGUGGUGGAAGGGUGCUCUUGCCAAGGACAAUGUGGAUGAUGUGAAGGUGAGCAACCGUUUGGACAACACGCCGUGUGUGGUCGUGACUUCAAAGUAUGGCUGGAGCGCAAAUAUGGAGAGGAUCAUGCAGUCGCAAACUCUGUCGGACUCGAACAAGCAAGCAUACAUGCGCGGGAAGAGGGUUCUGGAGAUCAACCCUAGGCACCCCAUCAUUAAGGAGCUCCGCGAGAGAGUCGUGAAGGAUCCUGAGGAUGAGAGUGUGAAGCAGACUGCGCAGCUCAUGUACCAAACAGCACUCAUGGAGAGUGGCUUCCUGCUGAGCGAUCCCAAGGACUUUGCGUUCCGCAUUUAUGACUCGGUCAAAUCGGGCCUUAACAUUGGUCCUGAUGCUACUGUCGAGGAGGAAGAUGACACUGAAGAAGCCGAGGCAGAAACCGAGACGAACGAAGUGAAAGACGAAGAGACCACAACUUCUGAAGUGAAGGAUGAACUGUAGGGUGGGUUUCGAAGCGUAGCCCUCUCCUCUGUCAAAGGGAAACUCUUUCUAUUUCUUCAAGUUUGAUCUUGGGAUAGGAAUCCGAAAGCACUGUGUUAUACUGCCAGGUUUUCCGAGAAGUAGAAUUAUGAUGUAUUCAGUAGAGAUUAGCAUUUCGACUAUAAUCAUGAGGAAUUUUUUGCUUUUACUCAAUGGUGAGAUUUGGGAUUAUUAUGUUAACCAGUUGGGGAACAUUUUAUCAAGUCUUGGCUCUGCUUAAUCAAAUCCUCAUGUCAAUCUGAGUUACCA